AUGUUUGCAUGUCGACUUGUUACGAUUUAUGUGGGCCUGCUCCUUGUUUUCCUUUGGAAUAUACCAUGUUUUCAAUCUGCUGCUAUUAUAUCUCCCUCUACCCCGAAGAGGAGUCGGGGAGCCAAGCUCCCUCAUCAGGGCGGACAAAGGUCAAGCAAACUCCUAAAAGACAUCUUCGCCUCUUCCCAUCAGAUGACGAGCCCGCGCAAAGACGAGCCUAAGGAUGAUGUGGUGCCGCAUGAGUACAUGCUCUCCAUUUACAGGACGUACUCUGCAGCGGAGAAACUCGGACUUAACGCCAGCUUUUUCCGCUCCUCUAAAUCUGCCAACACCAUAACAAGUUUCGUGGACAGAGGAACAGAUGAUCUUUUGCACCCUCCUCUGCAAAGACAAAAGUAUCUGUUUGAUGUCUCAACCCUUUCAGACAAAGAGGAGCUGGUUGGGGCGGAAUUAAGGAUAUUUAGGAGAGCGUUGGGAGACUUACAGACGACAGGGCUCUACCACAUCCAACUUUACCCUUGCAGCUCUGAUAGGCUGCUGGACUCCAGACUGCUGGACCCUUUGGACGCUGCCAAGUCCAGAUGGGAGGUUCUGGACGUGUGGGAGAUGUUUAAAUCUCAUCAACAACAUCAGCAGCGGAAUCCCCAGCAUUCCCACCAUCAUCGUCAUCAUCAUGAAAAUCAAGGGAUGCAGCUAUGCUUCCAGCUCAGAGUCACUCUCGGUAAUUCUGACACCGAACUGGACCUUAAGGCGCUGGGCCUGGGCAGGAGUGGGCGGUCCCAGCAGGAGAAAGCUAUUUUGGUGGCCUAUACCCGCUCCAAGAAAAGGGAGAAUCUCUUCAACGAGAUGAAGGAGAAGAUCAAGUCACGAAGGUCUAGCAGGGAGAUAGAGGUGGUGAGAGCUUCAGAGGAGGAGGAGGCGGAGGAGGAAGGCCUCCCCCACAGGGGGGUCAAAGGGGAGGGGCCCAGGAGGCGGAGGAGGACAGCCCUGAGCAACCGCCAUGGGAAAAGACACGGGAAAAAAUCCAAAUCCAGGUGCAGCAAAAAGGCCUUGCACGUGAAUUUUAAAGAGCUGGGUUGGGAUGACUGGAUCAUCGCGCCCUUGGACUACGAGGCGUACCACUGCGAAGGGGUGUGUGACUUCCCACUCCGAUCUCACUUGGAACCCACCAACCAUGCCAUCAUACAGACGCUCAUGAACUCCAUGGACCCCAACAGCACCCCUCCCAGUUGCUGCGUCCCCACCAAACUGAGUCCAAUCAGUAUCCUGUACAUAGACUCAGGCAACAAUGUGGUGUACAAACAGUACGAGGACAUGGUGGUGGAGCAGUGUGGGUGCAGGUAG